AUGGCUGUUUUCCCUCCCCCUCCCACUUCAGCAAUAGACUGGGCCAAUGUCGGAUUCAAGGUCCGCGAGGUGAAUGGCCACAUCGAGUCCAAGUUCUCCCACAGCGAUGGUGCAACUUGGUCGUCCCCGAAAUGGGUCACCUCCCCACAUCUCUCCAUCCACGGCAUGGCCCCUGGUCUCAACUACGGCGUGCAAUGCUACGAAGGCAUGAAAGCCUUCCGCCGGCCCGACGGCUCCAUCUCCAUCUUCCGCCCCGAUCAGAACGCCAUUCGCAUGCAACGCUCUGCCUCGUACAUCUCCGUACCUCCUGUCCCGGAGGACGUUUUCGUCAAGUGCGUGAACUUGGCGGUGGCGAUGAACGCCGAGUUCGUCCCACCACACGAGACCGGCGCCGCGAUGUAUAUCCGACCACUGCUGUUCGGCAGCAGCGCCCAGCUGGGACUCAGCCCGCCAGACGAGUACACAUUCGGCGUGUUUGUGAUGCCAACAGGCGUGUACCAUGGAGUCCACGCCGUGGACGCACUGAUCCUCGAGGACUUUGAUCGUGCGGCACCAGAGGGCACAGGGAGCGCCAAGGUCGGUGGCAACUAUGCGCCGGUGUUGCGACACAGCGAGAAGGCGAGGAACCAGGGCUUCGGCAUCACCCUGCAUCUGGACAGCAAGACGAGGACGGAGAUAGACGAAUUCUCGACCUCAGCAUUCCUAGGCGUGAAAAAGAAUGGCGAGCAGACGACGGUGGUGGUGCCGGAUAGCAAGAACGUCAUCAAGAGCGUCACGGGCGAGUCAGCGUGCCAGAUUGCGCAGGAUGUCUUCGGGUACAAGGUGGAGAGACGAAGUAUCGCGUAUGAUGAGCUGAAGGAGUUUGACGAGGUCAUGGCUUGCGGUACCGCCGCCAGUCUGGUGCCCAUCAAGAGCAUCACGAUGCAGAGCAAGGGCGACAAGUUCGAGUAUCCGGUCAACGAGAAGCUGGAUCCUGGCCCGGUGUGCGAGAAGCUCCUGUCGACGCUGAAGGGCAUGCAGGCCGGCAAGGUCAAGGAUCAGUUCGGCUGGUGCUUCACCGUCACGCAGGCGCCGAAAGGCUUUGGCCAGGAGGCGAACGGUGAGAAGGGUGUCAAUGGCGCGGUCGAUGAGCUACCGUGA